AUGCACGGCUUCUCGCGUGACCCCAACUACUUCCAAGCAUGGCUUGUCGGCAGCGGCAUUGCCUCGCUCACCGCAGCGCUCCAUCUAAUCAAGGAGGCCAAGGUGCCCGGCUCCAACAUCCACAUCCUGGACACCCACGAAGGCACCGGCGGCGGGAUGCGUAUCCAGGGCAGGGGCACUGAAGACGGCGGCUACUUCCUCCCGCCCGGUUGCGUGCAGCACUUCCACGGCGCCUCUGUCAAGAAGCUCCUGAGUCUGAUCCCCAGCGCCGCCGACGCAAGCAAGUCCGUCUUGGACACCCUGCACGAGUCGACAGAGGAGCCCACCUCCAAGAAAGGAACCUAUGCCGGCGGCUAUAUGACCUCCUUCGAAGCCAGUGCUGGGAGCUACGUCGAGAGGCUUUUCUCUCCCAGCACUGCUCGCGCUGCUGAAGGGCCAUCCGGCAGACACCCGCCUGGUCCGCUGGCACAGUUUGUGACCGCUGGUGAAUCUGGACCGGAGGCGUCUCACCAGACGGGCGUGCAUCUGGGGUUCCAGCAGCGGAUGAUGCUGAUUGGGUUCAUGCUGGAGAACGAGAGUUCGAUCGACAACACCAGCAUCAAGGAGAUCUUUGACGAGGACUUUUUCAAAACGGACUUUUGGAUGUUCUGGUCUACGGUCUUCCGACUCCACCCCUGGCACAGCGCAGUCGAGUUCCAGCGCCAUCUCCGCAACCACCUGGGCAAUCUCCGCUCGCUCAACCAGAUCAAGGAGCUGGGACGGGCGAACUUCACCUACAACAUCGUCGAGUCGGUCAUCGAGCCCCUGACAGCCUUCCUCAAGCAGGAAGGCGUCGACUUCCGCUUCCACCAGAAGGUCACAGAUCUCAAGGCCUACCCCGAAAGCGGACCAACAACCGUUUCCCAGAUCGAAGUCGAGACCGAAGAAGGCGCCCAGCAACUCAUCACGCUCGACCCAGUCGACAUCAUCAUCGUAACCCUCGGCUCGACCGCCGCCGGCGCAGCAAUGGGCACAAACUCCAGUCCCCCCGCGGGCCUGCAACCGAACUGGGAGAACCUAAUGGACGGGGAAUGGAAGCUCUGGCGCAAGCUGGCAGAGCGCUCAUCGCGCUUCGGCAACCCGGCCAACUUCCUCCCCCGGAUCCAAGAGUCCGCGGUCGAGACCUUCACGACGACGUUCGCGGACCCCGGCUUCGCCCAGCUAUACGAGAACCUCACGCGCGAGAAAGCAGGCACAGGCGCAUUCCUCAACAUGUGCGAGACAAACUGGGGCGUCGUGAUCACCGUCCCGCAACAGCCCGUUUUCUCGGCCCAGGCUGCCAACACCACCGUGAUGCUGGGGUACGCCACGAACCCGGGCGUGGAAGGCAACUUUGUCAAGAAGGAGAUGUGGCAGUGCACGGGCGAGGAGAUCCUCAAGGAAGUCCUGUGCCACCUUGGCUGCUGCAAGGGUUGCGACGACGACUCCAUCGAGGCCGCGGCCGCCGCGAGCAUUCUGGCCACGGCGAGGACGGUCCCCUGUGGGAUGCCGCUGGGCAUGGCGCCGCUGCUUACGCGCGGCCGUGGGGACCGACCGGCGGUUAUACCCAAGUGGACGACGAACAUUGCGUGCGUGGGGCAGUUCGUGGAGAUUCCGGCCAGCACGACGCUGGAGAUCGAGUAUAGUGUGCAGAGCGCGCAGAUGGCGGUUGCGGAGUUGAUGGGCCUGCCGGUGAGUCCGGUCAAGCCGCAUAAGAGUCUGCUCUUGGAGGUGAUGGAUUUGUUGACGUGA